CAUAACAUCUCCAUCACUGACUCCCACGACACUGCCGCUGUUCAACAUUAAGAUUGCUGUUGUUGUUGUUGCUGCUGUCGUGAGCAACGUGAGAAAUGAAGAUGUUAGUGUGUUUGGCCGGGCUGUUGGUGUCCUCUCUCGCACAAGAUACUGUCGAUCUCUCACAAGAACCAGUUGAGAUCAUCGGUGGUGUUCAUACAGUGUUGAGCAACAUCGCUGGAAGACACGUCACGUCCGCUGCUCAUAGAGAUGGUCGACCUGUGUAUGGUCGUCGACCUCACUCCAGAGAGCGACCAGUGUACGGGUACCUGGGGUCCUCUCAGAGCUGCACUUACUGGUGCACGACGCCACAGAACAAGUUUUACUGCUGCUACUCUGCCAUCAAUCCCACCACUACUCACAAACCCGUUCGCAGUGGAUGUUGUCCCGCGGUGCAGGCGCAGUGUUCCAGGGUGGAGGUGCUGCGCUCACCGCUGCCGUGUAUCAAUGACAACUCCUGCAGUAACUUGAACCAUAAGUGUUGUUUCAACGGUUGCCUCAAGAAACACGUGUGCCAGACUUCCAAGCCCUGUAAUGGCUGACCACCUCAACUUUGCCUUCUCGAAGAAAAAUAACAGUUCACUCACAGGCUCUAACUAGCAAAUUUACACGACUGCAAUAGACUAGCUUGAUUCUGUUUUGAAUAACACUACCUAGUUACGGUUCAUUUGAGUGAUCAAUGGUAAAAUCCAUGGAGUAAAAAUUGAUGCCGUGGGCAAAGAAGAUGAAUCUGCCAUAAUGGCAGUUGUGGUUUGCCUAGGUGGUAUUUUCAGUCAGGGGUGUAGUUGUUUAUUUUUCUGAAGAUUUCAGACCAUAAGGUGCCUUCUGCUGUGUAAUACUAGUGCAAAAUGUAUUGGCAGAUUCUCCCAGCUUUUCCUUACUGUGGUACUUAAUAGAAGGUAACAAAACAAGCAAGAUGUUUAUACUAGGAGAACAAUAAUG